AUGGGUCUGCGCGAGUUUCAUUGGCAUGGUGAAGCUGGAUCAGUGCCUCAAGCAAGUGUCGAAGCAGCCCGAACUCGUAUCCGAAAGAUCACCGAUCAGUAUGAGUUGCAGAAUAUUUUCAACAUGGACGAGGCAGGCCUCUUUGGCAAGAUGCCACCAGACCGAGGCCUUGCCAACUCACCCAUGUCCGGACUGAAGGCUGAGAAGACUCGCCUCACCUAUCCCUUCACCACAAAUGCCAAUGGCACAGAGCGGAUGCCACCAUACAUCCUUGGUCAUGCCCAAAUGCCUCGAUGCCUUCAGAACUGCUCCGGUACCCAGCUUGGUUUUGAUUAUCACUGGAACCAGAAGGCUUGGAUGACCAGCGAGCUGUUCAACGAGUACCUGAAAGACAUCAAUGACUGGGCAAAAGAGUGAGACCGGCACAUCCUCCUCCUUGUUGACAACGCAACAUCACACCGAGUCUAUGACCGCUCACUGGUCACCCAUGUUCGUGUCGAGUUUCUUGAGCCCCAUCACAUCCUUCCUCUCAUGCUAGACGCCCCAAUCCAUCCCCUCCCUCUCCGACC